GCCAAGGAGCUCCCUCCUCCGGUACAAUCUUGCCUUGCCCCUUACUGCUGUCCGUUCAGCAUAACAUAUGCCCCUGUUUGUCAUGGUGAGUGGGGUGGCCGGGGUGGGCAAGACGACCCUGGUGCAGAAAUUUGUCUUCAACUGGGCAACUGGAAAACACUACCAGAAGUUCACCUUUAUUUUCUUCUUCAAAUUCCGAGAACUCAACACUGUGGGAGAGAUGGCCAGUCUAGAAAGUUUAAUCCAACGGGGGUACCCCAAAUUACACGAUAAACUUGGGGCAAUUCUACGAGAGCCAGAGAAAUUGCUCUUCAUCUUUGACGGCUUGGACGAGAGCAAACGUGACCUUGAUUUGAGCUUAGGCUUCUGUGCAGAGACACGAGAUGUGAAACCGGUUGAGGUGAUUGUAGCCAGCCUGCUGAACCAAACACUUCUGAAGGGAUGUUCCGUUCUCCUGACCAGCCACCCAAGCAAACUCAGCCGUUUGAAAACUGGAGUCCUCCACAGAGUGGCCAGUAUUGUGGGCUUCCUCUCCCAGGAAAGAGAAAGGUACUUCGGCAACUUCUUUGGAGAUGUCGUGGUUGCCCAGAGAGCAUUAGCGCAUGUGAGGGAGAGCCAGGUUCUGUACACUCUUUGUUACAAUCCCUCCUACUGCUGGAUUACUUGCACAGCCUUGCAACCUUGCUUCUCCUCCACCACUGGGCAGUCGCACCCCCUUCCCAAGACUGUGACUCAGCUCUUUGUAAGCUACGUCAAGCAUAUGAUGGCCAACCACACCAGGGGGCUCCCUAAGAGGGAAGAAGUGCGGGAAAUGUUGAUAAAACUUGGUUGGUUGGCCGACUAUGGUCUCCAGUAUCACAUUCUUAUCUUUGAUCAGCAAUUAUUGGAGGCAUUUGGGGUAGAUUCAUCUCUGCCCUUCAGUGCUUUCCUGGUGGAAAACAUACAAAGUGACAUCUCGUCUUCCAAGGUCACCUAUUCUUUUGUCCACCUCACUGUUCAAGAGUUUUUUGCUGCCCUUGUCCAUUACCUAGACUUCAAAGAGGAUAAUUUUGGAUGCAUUAAGACAGCAGCCCAAAACAGCCAAGGUGGGGAGUAUGACAUUUUUCUUCGCUUCCUGUCUGGCUUGUCCCAUCCCGCACCAAGGGCACCCCUGGAGGAAAUUUUGGGGAAGUUCUCUUCAAUGACCACUAAGCGAGUCCUUGAUUGGAUCAUGAAGAUGGACUGCAUCGCUUUCUUGAGCAUGGAGAAUCAUGAUGGUAAAAGAAAGACUUUGAACUUCUUCAGUUUGCUCUUUGAGAAACACAACAAACUACUUGUACGUCAGGCACUGGGAGAUGAUCAUGCCUCCAUGGACUUCUCAGAGCUGUAUCUGAUGCCUGUUGAUUGCACCAUCCUUGCUUAUGUUCUGAGUUGCGGCAGAAAGAUUGACCUCUUAAAUCUUGAUUCGUGCUUCAUCCAGAAUGAGGGGUUGCAGAGGCUCAGCCCUCAGCUGAACAAAAUCAGAGAACUGAGACUCUGCAAUAAUGAUCUGAACAAUCCAUCAACCAAAGAGCUCGUUUCUGUCUUAAAGCAUCCAGACUGUCAACUGGAAAGCCUAAGCUUGGCAAAGAAUGCCCUUACCGAACAGUGCUGUAGAGACCUGAGUUCUGCCCUUUCAGAGAGUCAGACCCUCUUAAGUCUUGACCUGACCAAGAACAAACUGCGGGAUGAGGGCCUCUCUGACCUACUGACGGCGUUCAGCAAUCCACAGUGCACGAUACAGAAACUAGUAAUCCAGGAAAUUGGCUUGUCAGAUGAAUCCUGUGGAAAACUUUCUGCUGCUUUGGCUGACAACACUAACCUCAAACAUCUAGACCUGAGUGGCAACCUUUUCACAGAUCAGUGCGCUGAAGACAUCCAUGCUCUCAUCCUGACCUGUCCUGCUCUUACAGAAAUCAGGCUGAACUUAAGCAACAUCACUCCAAUGAUGGAAAAACAGCUAAAGAAUCUGGAAGGUGAAAGAGAAGGCCUGAAGAUUUACAUUUAAAACUCCGUCAAUAAGCCAUAUCCUCCCCUCCGAUGAAAGUGUCAGUGACUGACUGAGGGAGCAGCCAGAGGUGGUUUCCCUUUGAAGGCCAAGAACUAAGCAAAAUGGGACCAUUUGGAAAAGCCGGCGACCCAGAAGAGUUUCUUUGGCCUUCCCCUGGCUAACUGGAUCCACUGAGAUUUUAGAUCAGUUUUGCCACAACCUGUCCAGUGCCCCCUCAGCUGCCUGCCUUGCCCCCUAGCUGCGCCAUAGCCCCUGCUUGGAUAAUACCAGCAUCGGCAACUCAUUGCAUGGGUGAACAAAGGUGUCUGGGAGACAUAGAAGUUUAUGGGGCGGGGGCAGGAGAGAAGCAAGGAAGAUCUCCCGUCUCUCAGGUGAAAGGGCCAGAGGUGUUGAAGGACAUUAGAAAAUGAAAUAAAUGGUUAAUAUUUAUUAAUAAUAAAUAAAUAAAUCUACUGGGAAUAGAAAGGAAGGGGAUAAAACAGGAAAGCUGUUAUAGCCAGAAAAAAGGAAUGUAAAAGGACGAAGGAGGAGGGAUGAAAGUAACAGGCAAUUGGGAGGGGCAGAAUUAAGGCACACGUUGAGUUUGAAAGGAGAAGAAAUUGCAGUAGAUGGGUAGAAAUAUUUUGAGAGGCAUCCGAGGGUAUGAAGGUAAAAAAUAUAAAAGGAAAAGCUUUCUGUGCUUAGAGCCUCUGAAUCAGCAAUUUCUGCCUAAAUUGGUGGGACUGAUUUUACCUGGACAAUGCCUCCAGAGCAGCUUUAGGUUUGCGUGAUUAAAGUGGAUUAAAGCACAUUUAUCUCCCUAGCAGAACAAAUUCUCUUUUUAAAAAAUGGAGUAAAUUUCUUUACUUAGCUUGAAGGAAGCUGAACUGUGGAACUCCUUGCCACCAGGAAAAUGAUGUGGCAAAGAAUUCAGCCAUUCCCAAAGAUGGAUUAGAAAGUGGUAUCAGUAAUUGUUAGCUAAUUAUGCCAAACUCCUCCCCCAGUUGCCAUCAUUCUGUGACUGGUGGUACGCCUCAGUAUUUUCAGCCAUUUCAAGUGGACUCUGGCGGUAGAAAUUUUAAUAAUUCCUGAUGUAGUGGAAAACGUGCAACAGGGUUCCAUUUUUAAGGCUUAUAUGGUGAGCCCAUUGGGGACAGAACUGUUAACAUGUCUGCUGUAAGCAUCUUUGAGACCACUGGGGAACAAUGGGACAUUAAUUGAAUAAAUAAAGAGAAAUCAGUGGAUUGUAUUUCUGUGCAUUGUUUUAAUUCCAGCCAUCCUUCCAUAAGUAAAUCCAAGGCUUUAUUUGGGGGACAAAAAGAGGUGCCAGUACUUCAUAGCUGUUU